CGCGUGAGCCUCAGUCCGUGUAGAACUCGCGCGGGAGCGGUCGUGUACAACGAUUUCACUUUCCAUUGCUCGUAUGUGUCGUGCGUGUGUGACUUACGUGAUGCCAGUGUAAUCGCGCUCAUUAUACUAUAAAGCCUGCAUUAUAGUAUUGUCCGAGUGACGUCUCGCUUAAGCAUGCUGAUGGUACAGACUAAUAGUCAACCCAUGAAAACAACGAAAAUAAAGGGCCCACCGCCUGUACCCCCGCGACCCAGUCAGAGUAUGGUCGCUGAAGCUCUAGCGAAGACGAGGAAAGCCGUCGCCGAUUCCAAAGCCAGUCUUAUUAAAACACGAACAUAUACCAAACAAGAGAGUCACCAUGUUUCGUCAAAAGCUAAAACUUUAGACAGGACUAGUGCAACAACUAAACCUUCGGUGUUACCGAGACAAAAUGGACUCGCGCGUGUUAAAUCUUUUAUUAGGGACGUUAUCAGUGAUCGAAGUUCAUCAGAUGAAAAAAAGUCUAGUGGAGGGAACUCUAGAAGAAGUUCCAGUGACAGUAGCUCUAUUCAUUCACCCUCAUCUGCAAAGAAGUCGAACGAAUCUCUUAAUUCUAGAGCUGUGAAAACAUGCAAGCAAAUAUUAGUAAGAUCUCUAUCCACUUCAAAUAAAUUAGACCUAGAUUCUAAAUGCAAGGUUUCUAAGUCUUCUAGUUUCGCAGAAAAGACGCUACCUCUGCGUAAAGCUCCGCCUCCACCAUUGUCACCUAAGCCUAAGAUUAAACCAUUGAAACAAGCACCUUUACAAAAUUCAUCGCUUCCAAAGAGACCACCAAAACCACCAGAACCGGAAGUAGAUCCUUAUUCAUUACCUGUAGACGCAAAGACCACAGAAAACCCGGUACAAGAAGCUCCGUAUGCUACUGUCGAUGAAGUAAUCCAAAUUGAAAAUAGAUUAGAACCUAUACCCGUACAAGAUAAUAAUAUCGAUAACAAGAAAGACGUAAACGACAACACUGAAGAUGAAAGUGUUAAUACAAACAAUAAUUCAUUAGAACGUAAAACCUCACGUGUUACUGAAAUGCUUAUUUCGGAAAUACUUGCCAGUAGAAGCAAUAACAACGACGAGGUAAACACAGUGAUAGAUAAAGGUAAAGAUUCGCCGAAGUUAGCCGAUUGUUGUUCGACUGAUAUGGAAAUAAUGAAAGAUAUGAAUAAUCACGAAAUGUUAAUAUAUGAACUGCAGAGUAUGCGCUCUCAAUCAAACGUACCGGACGGAUUAUCUGAUCAGGAAGCCCUAGAAAAAAUGGAUAAUUACGAUUCUGAUUGCGAGCAAAAUUACGCGAUGUCGUCCGCUAGUCAUACCGGUGAGGACCUGGAUCAGUCCUACGCGUAUAUAGCUGACACCGAUCUCAAAUCUAGAUUACGGAAACAGUUCCGUGCUAUCAGCACUAUGUCGCUACACGGGCUGCCGCCUCUGCCGAAGAGUUUGAGCGGGUUUGCUGACGGAGAGCCGGCAGAGGAAGCGAACAGUCGCGGCGCUGACGAGUCCCGUCCUCCUCCCACCGACCUCGACGGACAGCUUACUUACUUGAAGAAGGAAAUGGCUAGCCUUCGCCAGCUGGAUCUGUCGCUGCUGUCGGAGCUGUGGUCGCUGAGUGAAGCCAUGGCGACGUGGCGACGGCAACUGGAGCGGUCGCCACGCCUGCGUCCUGCGCCUCCACCGCCGCCUCCUCCCACCGCUCACUACCUCGCCACAUAGCUGCCCGGCGCCCGCGCGAUGACUGUCACUGUCAUGACAACAUUGCAUCUUUAUUGGCAUUAACGCUAGAAUUGUGGUGUUAAUUUUAAAGAUAUUUAUUUUCUCAUUAAAAACUUAAUAUUGUCACCAACAUGAGAACAUAAUAUGAUGUAAUAACUUAUCUUUACAUGAUUCAGUUCAUACAUAUCUAGGUACUUAGUAUAUUCUUCUUCACAAAAUUUAUAACAAUACACUUUUACAGGUCACUGUCAUAUAACAAACUAUUUCACACAUGUUUUUUUUUAUAAAAACUUUGAAGUAAUGUAGUCUGAUAGAUCACAUUUAAAUGUAUUAAACGACUUAAUCUUUUUGAGUGAUGAAGGUAGACUAUUAAAAAUUUGGUGUUACUAUUAUAAUAAAAUGACACAUGACACUGACAACAGGGUGAUGUCACGUGACUGCUGUCAUUCUGAAAUUUUAUUUUUUACAGUUCUCUAUGCCCUCGACAGAAAAUGGAGGGCUAACCUAAGUUAGCGUUAACGCCAAUAAAAAUUUAAUUUUUCUCCGCCAUCAGAUAGAAUGGAACCAUGUCAAAGUAAAUUGAUAAUAACAUUAAAUACUCAACUAUGACAUAGAUAAAAUUGCGAUUAUGAGUUUAGGAGAAUGUAUACGAACUUAUUACAUUCAGGUAAUUUUAUGUACUGCGUACUAGAAAAGAUUUCUCACCCUGAGAUUGUUGGAAAAACUAGUUGUGGCCAGCUGUAGCCAACACACUUAGUCUAUCGUAAGCGAUUGUCGCAAUAACACGGAUUUGAGUGCUAGGUUUUAAUAACUCUUAAAGAGUGCCUUUUCAGCACUAAGUUCAAAAUAUUAUGUUUAACAACCGUUACUUUAAUUAUGUUUCUUCAAUUUACUAUCGAGCAUCGACAUGUCAUCAAGGUGAAUGUGAAAUAUUGAAUGAAUUUGUUCGUAAUAGCCUCUCUAGUACGAAGUAUAUAUCCCUGAUUUUUGUGUAAUAAUAUUAUGUUCACCUGUUCACACGUUGGCGAUACGUCUUAAUUUAUUACCUGUAUUAUGUAUCGUUUUUUGAUAAGGUUCUAUGUUGACAGUACGAGUUCAUAAUAAAGUUAGCUUAUAGAAA